CACGGGGGCGAUGCCGCCACGGCCCCGAGGCCUAGGCGGGGCCGGGGGUGCGCAGGGGCCGCCGGCGGAGCAGGGCGGAGGGAGUGGCCAGCGGCCGUGCCCAGAUUAAGCUGCGGCGCGCCGGGCUUCGGCACUCCGGCUGCCCCGCUCGCUCCGCGCUCCCGCCGCCGGGCCACUCGCCGCUUUCCGCUCCCGAACCCGCCUCCAACUUGCCGCCCGACUCGCUGAAGAGGCAGCUGGGUCACGCGUGUACUGCGGCGCAGGGGAGCCGGGAGGUGGGCACCGCGCCGGCGGGCGACCAGGGCGGCUCCCGGCGCUGCCGGCGUCCCCGCGAGACUUUAAAACCCCAGAUGUAGACAAGCAAGAGUCUCCUGGGAGAGAAGAGAAAACUGACAGAAUUUUUUUUAAGUAUCAAGACUUAUCUGUGAAGUAGUGGUGUGCAUGGCGCUAAUGAGGUGCUCUUUCCGGUGCAUGAAGCCCUUGGCCACAGGUCCAUGGUCACUUAUGCUUAUUCUCUUUUCUGCACACCAUGCAUAUGUGAGUGGAAAGAAGUUGACUGGUCCUUGUGGAGGAAGAGCUUGCUCAUUCUGCCAGUGCUUUCCUGAAAAAGGGUCUCAGGGUCAGCCGGGACCACCAGGGCCACAGGGUCCCAUUGGACCCCUGGGGCUGCCAGGCCCCAUUGGAAUUCCAGGAGAGAAAGGGAUGAGAGGUGCCAGUGGCCCACCUGGAGCAGCGGGGGACAAGGGUGACAAGGGUCCUACUGGUGUUCCUGGAUUUCCAGGUUUGGAUGGGAUACCUGGGCACCCAGGACCUCCUGGCUCCAGAGGCAGACCUGGCAUGAAUGGCUACAAUGGCUCAAGAGGUGAUCCGGGUUUUCCAGGAGAAAGAGGAGCUCCUGGCCCAGGAGGCCCCCCAGGCCUUCCUGGGGAAAACGGAGAAAAAGGAGAUUCAGUGUUCAUUUCAGGUGCCAUUAAAGGUAUACAGGGUGACAGAGGGGACCCAGGACCUCCCGGCUUACCAGGACCUAGGGGUGCCAGAGGACCGGCGGGCCCAGUGGGCUCUCCAGGGGAGCCGGGGUUGGCAGGAACUCCGGGCCAUCCUGGGAGUCCGGGUCUGAAGGGUAAUCCUGGUGUGGGAGUAAAGGGGCAAAUGGGAGACCUGGGUGAGGUUGGCCAGCAAGGUUCUCCUGGACCCACCUUAUUAGUACAGCCACCAGAUUCUUCUCUGUAUAAAGGAGAAAAGGGUCUAAAAGGAAUGCCUGGUAUAAUUGGACCUCCAGGACUGCCAGGACCUAAGGGAGAACCUGGUAUUGGGACAAAAGGAGAGAAAGGUGUGCCUGGGUUCCCAGGGCCUCGGGGUGACCCUGGUUCCUAUGGAUCUCCAGGUUUUCCAGGAUUAAAGGGAGAAUCAGGACUGUUUGGAGAUCCUGGACCAUUUGGAUUUCUCGGCCCAAAGGGCGACCCUGGAGACCGCGGGUACCCAGGACCACCGGGUGUUUUGGCAACUCCGUCUCUCCCACUCAGAGGCCCUCCGGGGGAUCCAGGGCUCCCUGGCCGCUAUGGAGAAAUGGGGGUGGUUGGACCCCCUGGCCCCCCUGGCCCCCCAGGGGCACCAGGGGAAACCUGUGCAGGCAUGAUGGGACCCCCUGGGCCAAGAGGGUUUCCUGGUCACCCAGGACCCCCAGGGGCAGCCGGUAUUCCUGGGAGAGCUGAUUCUGCUCCGGGAAAACCUGGGAAUCCGGGACCACCAGGGUUGCCUGGAGCUCCAGGGCUGCAGGGCCCCCCGGGAUCAGAUGUUAUCUAUUGCAGAAUUGGGCACCCUGGACCACAAGGAAUAAAAGGCAUAGCGGGUCCUCCAGGAAGCAGAGGCUCAAAAGGAAAAAAAGGCAAGUAUACAUCAAAGGUACAAGUUCUAGAGGACAAUAACAUAUGCGAGAUUGGGAGGCAUGGAAAACCUGGUGCCUCAGGACCACCUGGCAGCAAAGGAGAAAAGGGUGACAUGGUUGUAUCGAGAGUUAAAGGGCACAAAGGAGAAAGAGGUCCUGAUGGCCCCCCAGGAUUUCCAGGGCAAGGGGGACAACAUGGUCGAGAUGGACAUGCUGGAGAAAAAGGGGAUCCAGGACCCCCAGGGGAUCAUGAAGAUGCAGACCCAGGUGAUAAAGGGUCUCCUGGGCCUCCAGGUCCUCCUGGCAGAGCAGGACAUAGGGGGCAUCCAGGUUUGGGAUUCCCUGGUCCCCCAGGACAGAGAGGGCAACCAGGAGCUCCAGGCCGUCCGGGUGAGAGGGGCCCUAUGGGCUUGAAGGGCCCAAAAGGUGAUACAAUUCCUUGUAAUAUUACCCAUCCUGGGAGACCAGGCCCUCCAGGUUUUGAUGGACCACCAGGUCCAAAGGGAUUUCCAGGUCCUCGGGGCAUUCCGGGAUGGAGGUGUUUGGAUGGGCAAAAAGGUCGGCGUGGCAAGCCAGGAGUAUCAGAAAUGCCCGGUCCACCAGGUUUUCGUGGUGCCACGGGAGACCCAGGUUUUGGUGGUGAAAAGGGGUCCUCCCCUGCUGGGCCCCCAGGCUCUCCUGGGUCACCGGGAGUGAAUGGUCCAAAAGGGCUCCCAGGAGAUCCUGCUUACGGCCACCCAGGACCCCCAGGAAUGAGGGGUCUCUCCGGAGUGCCGGGGUUGAAAGGACUCAGAGGUGACCCAGGACGUCCGGGGGCUGCAGGGCCAACGGGCAUGCCCGGAUUCCCCGGCCUCAGAGGUGCCAAAGGCAGAGAGGGAAGUGCCGGGUUUCCAGGUAUCCCAGGUCCGCCUGGCCAUUCCUGUGGAAGAGGCGCUGCCGGGAUACCAGGGCAGCCGGGUCUGCCUGGGGCUCCAGGCAGUCCAGGUGCCCCAGGUUGGAAAGGACAGCCAGGAGACGUGGGGCCCCCUGGACCAGCUGGAAUGAAGGGCCUCCCUGGAGUCCCGGGACAGCCAGGGGCUGACGGAGCCCCAGGGCCCCCAGGAGUCCCAGGCCCCUUGGGGGAUGAGGGACUUCCUGGUCUUCCAGGCCCAAAGGGACCCCAAGGACUGCCUGGCUUCCCAGGUUUUCCAGGAGAGAGAGGAAAGCCUGGCCCAGAGGGACACCCUGGCAGAAAGGGAGAACCCGGCGAGAAGGGGUGGCCUGGCUUCCUGGGAGACCAGGGAGUGAGGGGCGCCAAAGGAGCACAAGGACCCCCAGGAGAUGAAGGAGAAAUGACCAUAAUUUCCCCAAAGGGGAGAACUGGGGAACCCGGACCUCCUGGAGAUGGUGGAUUCCCAGGAGAAGGAGGUGAUAAAGGCCAUCCUGGGAUCCAAGGGAGAGGAGGAGAGCCUGGAAGACACGGACUACCUGGAUUCCACAGAGGGGAGCCCGGCAGUCCUGGGCAGCCGGGGAUUCCCGGCCUCCCGGGCCCUCCAGGCUCAGCCGGGCUGAGAGGGACCAUUGGUUUUCCUGGAUUUCCAGGUGGCCAGGGUGAGCCGGGUUCUCCAGGGCAUCCUGGACUUCCUGGAAUUGAUGGAACAAGAGGACCUAAAGGAAACAAAGGUGAUCCUGCAAGUCAGUUCGGCCUACCUGGCCCAAAGGGUGAGCCAGGUAGCCCUGGAUGUCCAGGACAUUUCGGAGUGCCUGGAGAGCAGGGCUUGCCUGGCGCUCAAGGGCCCAGAGGACCACCUGGGAUGCCGGGUCUGCCUGGCUCCUCUGGACCACCUGGGUGUCCAGGUCAUCAAGGGGUUCCUGGGCCGAAAGGACAUCCAGGAGAAAUGGGGGAUCCUGGCCCAAGAGGCCUCAUGGGAGAUCCAGGCACACCAGGUCUUCCAGGAAUAAAGGGUCCUUCUGGAUUGCCCGGCCUGAAUGGUUUGCAUGGUUUAAAGGGUCAGAAAGGAACCAAAGGCACUUCAGGUUUGCAUGAAAUGGGCCCACCUGGUCCAAUAGGAACGCCAGGGCUGAAAGGGGAGACAGGAGCCCCUGGGAGCCCCGGAAUUUCUCCUCCAGGCCUUUCUGGAGGAAGAGGUCCCCCAGGUCCCCCAGGGAGACCUGGGCCACCUGGUCCUGCAGGUGCCACAGGAAGAGCUCCUAAGGGUGACAUUCCUGACCCUGGUCCACCUGGAGAUCGGGGUCCUCCUGGCCCUGAAGGUCCAAGAGGAACCCCUGGACCCCGAGGGUCUCCUGGCAGUGCUGACCUUCUGAAAGGGGAGCCAGGUGAGGGCGGUCUGCCAGGGCCUCCAGGUCCCAUGGGCCCACCAGGCCUUCCAGGACACAAAGGCUUCCCAGGAUGUGAUGGAAAAGACGGGCAGAAAGGACCAAUGGGAUUCCCGGGGCCACAGGGGCCACCUGGACUUCCUGGGCCACCUGGAGAGAAGGGUUUACCUGGAAUUCCAGGCAUUCGAGGGCCCACUGGUCCUCCAGGUUCCAGAGGCGAACCUGGGCCACCUGCAGAUGUGGAUGACUGUCCUCGAAUCCCAGGGCUUCCUGGGGUCCCAGGCUCAAGAGGACCAGAAGGAGCCAUGGGGCCCCCUGGCACCAGGGGCCCCCCAGGACCAGGGUGCAAAGGAGAGCCUGGGCUGGAUGGCAGGAGGGGCGAGGAUGGCAUUCCAGGGUCUCCCGGGCCUCCCGGACACGAAGGUGACACAGGAGAAGCCGGCUGCCCCGGAGCACCAGGCCCUCCUGGGCCCACUGGAGAUCCUGGGCCCAAAGGGUUUGGCCCUGGAUAUCUCAGUGGCUUCCUCCUGGUUCUGCACAGUCAGACAGAUGGGGAGCCUGCAUGCCCCCUGGGCAUGCCCCGGCUCUGGACGGGCUAUAGUCUGCUCUACGUGGAAGGACAGGAGAAAGCUCACAAUCAAGACCUUGGGCUGGCAGGGUCUUGCCUUCCCGUGUUCAGCACACUGCCCUUCGCCUAUUGCAACAUCCACCAAGUGUGCCACUAUGCCCGGAGAAAUGACAGAUCCUACUGGCUGGCCAGCGCCGCACCGCUGCCCAUGAUGCCGCUCUCGGAGGAGGAGAUCCGCCCGUACAUCAGCCGCUGCGCCGUGUGCGAGGCGCAGGCCCAGGCAGCAGCGGUGCACAGCCAGGACCAGUCCGUCCCGCCAUGCCCGCGGGGCUGGAGGAGCCUCUGGAUCGGGUACUCAUUCCUCAUGCACACAGGAGCUGGGGGCCAAGGAGGAGGGCAGGCCCUCAUGUCACCCGGCAGCUGCCUGGAGGACUUCCGAGCAUCGCCCUUCCUGGAAUGCCAAGGCCGGCAGGGAACUUGUCACUUCUUUGCAAAUGAGUACAGCUUCUGGCUGACAGCGGUGACACCUGACUUGCAGUUUUCCUCAGCACCAUCACCAGACGUCUUAAAAGAAAGCCAGGCCCAGCGCCAGAAGAUCAGCAGGUGCCAGGUCUGCAUGAAGUAUAGCUAGGGAACCCAUGACCUGCCGACAUGUCACCAAGAGAAACUUCCUAGGGGUGAAGAUGUCCAGGCUGCGCUCAGAGGUCCAAUGUGCUUGCUUCAGACUCUGUUUCCUUCUGUCUGGAUGUGGCUGUCCCUAUAGGACCGUAGGAAAUUCCUCCCUCUGCUGGGGACAGGCUAAGCCAAUGCUACCCAUAAGGAUUUCUUUGGAUUUACAGUCUACAUCAAUCCCAGAUACCCAGAUAUGCUUGUUUUUGAGGAUAAUGGAAGAGCUGGCUUUAUUUAAAAAUGUGCUGAUUCACAGGAAGGCAAAUAUAAGGUAAAGGCCAGAUUAUAAGUUACUGUACUGAAAUCUUCAUUCAUUGGUUAAUAACACCUCAAACAAUUGAAUUACUCUAUAAUAUAGUAGGCUUCUGGAUGGAUUUUACAAAGAAAAAUAAAUAGACCAACACAUGAAACUAGAAAAUAGAAAUUUCUAACAUUUCAAAAUGAUUUUCUCUGUCAUCUAUUCUUCCAUGCACUUUGAAUAAUUGUAAAACCAUGACCCAAGGAGAUUUAAAAGAAACCCACACAGCCAGCAUUAACAGUUCCUUUCAAAGCUGAAUGAGUCAUUAUGCCAGGAAGGACCCCAGUCGCUGUGUUCCAGAGACGGGACAUUAGCAUAAACACAGCACAGAUGAACAUAAAGCAUGUUCUCGUCUGCGUAUUUCAGAGAAUAGAAGUGCCUGCUUUGGCAACCCUUUUGAAAAGCAGCAAUUAUGGAAAAAAUAUAUUCAAUAAGGGAUUAAGAGCCUAAAAGCUAUUAAUGAAUAUUAAGGCAGUGAUUCACAAAAAUUGACUCCCCAUUGCAGUGAACUUCCAUACACACCGCUUCUGCCCAGCCGGGGGCCAGCUCGUCUCUGCUGCGCGCCUGCUAACGGGACUGAAGCCACAUGGGGCUCACUCAGCCGGCAGAGGUUCAGACAAAGCACCUUCCUCCCCUCCCCAGGAGUGCCUACCAAGGAAGCCAUGGCACUAUUUUAAAUGAAACAAAAACAACCUCCAAUUUGAAUUUUAUGUGCCCGCUACUGGUUUUACAGGAGCAUCCUGUGUUUCCAAUUUUAAAAACAUUGUUAUAUUUUCUGUCUGUAUUAUACCAGUGCAGCAGUUUGACAUCUGACAUUAGUAUUUUUUAUGAAAGAGUAGAAGUAAUUUAUUGUGAAAUAGUUUUCAUAGCAAAGGAUAUGCUUUUUAUUUUGGCAGAUUCGGUGGUCUAAUCCUAAAAAUCAAAAACCUUGUUGGAAAAAAAUGUUAGGGAACUUGCCUACCUUAUUUAAAAAAAUGUCAUGUUAGAAAUUAGAUACAUUUCUCAUGAGUGACCCUCAUUUUAGUACUUAGUUUCAAUGCACUUAAAAAUAAUUAAGAAAAAAACUCAACUAAAACCUUGUUUGUAAAUGUCUUCCUUGCCAAACAUUGCUUAGGAAUGAGCUCUUAUAUGUAGAACGUGUUUCAAGUGAGUCUUGCUAUGGGGCUGCCCUCAGAAUAGCAAUUUAUUUGCUUUUCAGUAAAAAGAGAAAUACACAUUUUAAGAUGAAAAAUAUUUUCUUGAUGUGGCAGAAUACUUCAUAGCUCAUUUGACCCACUUAAUGGUUUUCUUAAAUAAUGCUCUGGCAUGUCAAAUAUUUUUGAGCACCUGAAAUUUAAGCCAAUUUCAACUUUAUUUAUGAUUACAAUUUGCUGUUUCCCAAAACUUUGUCAUGUGUCACCAAAUGUCAAGGCUUCUAAAAUUUCGUCUUGUCCAUUCAUGAAUUUGGUCAGAGAACAUUUUCUGGGAAGCAAUAAUGGUGAUAGAUCAAAUAUAGGGAACAAAUCUUGCUUCCUAUAGUAUCUUAAACACUUUCAUUUUGGUGUUAGAAUAUCUUAAUAAGCUUGCCAAAUAAACUUUAACAGGCUGAACCAAGUGGGGAGUUUAUGCCACAGGGAACCUGAAAUAGUAUAAGGAACUUCUCAAAAUACUGGCAUCACCAGAGAGCUCUGUAAAUGCCACACAAAUAUUGCCUUCUGAUGUCAAAAAUUAUUUAAAUGGUUUAACGGGAUAAACAAUGGAAAACAUAACUUCUGGGAUUAGAAGACCAUAUUAUUUUAAGCCAUUGUUUUCUUCACCUGAUUUUAAAUCAGUGUGCCUCAAAAUAUCCCUUCUCUGUGAAGGAUACAGAAAGUUUUAACAUUUCUCAUCCAUCGCUGGUGGUCAUGCUUACCAAAUCUCCUUCCCAAGAUCUGCUCCUCCACCUCCUCGGUGGGCUGCCUCUGUGCCCCGUGGGGAUUGCUCUGGGUCAUGUGUGGGGAACGGGCUGUCUCCUUCGGGCUCUCAUUCCUGGCAAGUGGAUCCCUGGCCAGUAAGGUAUCCAGGCCUCCUCCAUGCUGUGAGUGGGGCCCAUUUCUUCUCCCUGCCUCCUAUUUUGCUUAUAAUUCUUCAAUGGCUCCACUGCCUGCAACAUACAAAUGACCUCCCCUGGUGGGGAGGCCCGCAGGACUGUCCUCUGCUCGCCUGUGUGCUUAUCCCCGAGGCGCGUUCCUGUCUCUGGGACUCCCUUCCGCUGCUCCCAGCACCGUCAAUGGGCCUGCCCGCCCUCAUGCUCCCCGACUGCGCCUGCAACGUCUCAUCUCACGUGAUCCUUCCUUUGGCUGGAAUGUGAGCCCCUUGCGGGCGGGGCCAUGCUUUACUCAUUCUGUAUGCGCGGUGCCUACACAUAUCGUUGCGCACAUUAUUAACACUGAAUUGCGUUGUCAAUGACAGUUCAAUACAUGUCACGAGGCAUUGGGUGUUCAGCCCUGCAUACAGGAUUCUCACGGGCAAAAUGGUAACAAGUAUAAACCAUUUCUUAUUUCUAAAUAUUUGAAUGUGAACAUAGAUCUGCACACCAUCUCCUCUUCUAAUUAUUGACAGAAAGCCGAUUGAUCGCUUUAACCAUCACUCCCUCCUGAAAAUUAGCUUACUUCUCCAUAAACUGAAAUUUCAGAAAUGGGAAGAUUUUUGAGAGAUUUGGCUGAGAGAAGACGCUUCAUUGAUGUGUGACACAACUUCAUUCAUGCUGUACCUCUCUUCCCUCAUGAUAUAAGGGCUUCCUGGUACAGGAGCUGCCCCGCCAAGUUUGUACACAGCAGUGGUGCUUAGGAAAUAGCCAAUGAAAUGGUCCACUUGACUGGAUUUUACCAACGAUUUUAUUCUGAGCCUCUUCUAGUUAGUAAUAAAGCAAAUUAUUCUGUUCAUUCCAGAAAAUUACAUGAUCUGUGGCUCUAUCAGCUUAGCAGACUAAUUUGAUGAUUGUCAUUUUAAUUUGGUAUGGCUGCAAGAAGAGUGGGAAAUGUGUACUUUAUGAAGUUGGUCAGUCCCCCAGGUUUGAAUCUGACUCUGUCACCGCCCAGCUGUGUCACCCUGGGCGAUAUACACCCACUCACUAAGCUGUACUUUCCUCAUUUAUAUGUUAGGACACAACACCUCCUCCUGCACUGAGAAUCAAGUUAGAUUGUAUGUCUAGCACAUAGCAGUCAUUGUGCAUUUAUUAUAGUUACAUCUUCUAUUUAAAACAAACCAUUUAAUAUGAAAAAUAUUUCUUGGGCUCUUUCCAUAGUAGAAUGAUAUUAUGAUUCUUACAGGGCAUGUAAAUUACAGAUUGGAAUUAUUUAUGCCUGGCCAAUUCAUAAUGUCUUUGGGAAUGCUCUUUGAUUUCAAUUCUCAAAGUUACUGUAUAGCACACAUAAAAAAAAAA